UUUACAAGCUACUCUUCUAAGUCCGUCGUCGGUUUCUCAGCAACAAAUUAUUUCGAACCGCACUUGAUUUAUCUGCCGCUGCACGUACUGGUCCACCGCUAUCGAGAUAUUCGCAAGUCAAUCACUCGCAGUAACUGCCCAAUAACUCGACCGCCAAUCCUUCCCCAUGUCAUUCGGAAGACCAGGCUUUGCAGAUGUCUUCAAGCCUAGUCCCCCUGCUCGAGGCUCCUUCCCCUUAGAUCAUGACGGCGAAUGCAAAGCCUUCAUGAUUUCAUAUCUCAAAUGUAUGAAGGAGAAUGCCAACGAUAAUGGUAAAUGCAGAUUAUUCUCCAAACAAUAUCUUGAAUGCAGGAUGGACAAAGGCCUUAUGGCUCGAGACGACAUGGCGAACCUUGGUUUGGGAGAUGUUGUGGAUCCUUCUGCCCUCCCUCCUGCUUCAACACAAACCACCACUGCUCCCCUUUCCAAUCCGCCUCAUGUCCCUCAACCUCCUUCCUCCGAACAUCGCAUAUAAACUCUAUGGCUGCACUUGUCAUUUUCCUUUGCAGCAUUUCAACUCCAAUCGGGUGUGUUAGUGUGCAACUGUUAGCAGAGCGACUGAUACAGGACAACAACAUCCCGUCCAUAGAAAAAGAAAUUCCAUUAGCACAUCUCAUUAACACAUCAUUAUUGAUAUUGUAUGAAUUCACAACUCCAUUAGGCUAUUGUUCCCACG